CCUCAAAUCACUUUUAGCAUCCGUAGCUUUUUCGGCAUACCAUUGCCGGCUCUCUGUUGUGGCUCCAGUGGCUCUCUGUGAGCUUGUGAUUUAUUCGUUUAUUUUGUUUUAAAGCUCUGUUUUUCUCUGCUUUUCAUUGUGAACCGAUGCAGUUUUGACUGACAUUAUUUGACACAUUGUUCAAACUGCGAUAAAUGCAUGCGAUUAGCAUAGACGCUGGUUGAUUCAGGUGUUUUGAAAUUUUUUUCGGAUCAAAAUGAAGACUAUUUCGAGGUUCUAUUUGGGUAGCACUCUCCUUGUCAUUGGAUUGCUACUUUUAUACCGAACAAUGGCGCAAGUUGAUGGAUAUACGCCUGGAGUAGAUUACCCAAUAUACAAUUCCGUACCGUUUGGUCUGCCUUUUACCUGCAGAGGUAAAAUACCAGGUUACUACGCCGAUCCCGAUACGAGAUGUCAGGUAUGGCACUGGUGUAUUCCCGGAGGAAGGAUGUUCAGCUUUCUUUGUCCGAACGGAACUGUAUUCAGUCAAACGGCGCGUGUCUGUGAUUGGUGGUUCAAGGUUGACUGUGCCGACUCACCUCGUUUAUACAGUAUCAAUGAGGACCUUUACAAGGAUGCGCGAGGAAACUGGAUUUAAGCGUUUAUAUUACAGAUCGAACGCCCGUAUUGUUUUUUUCUUCAAAAAUAAGAAUGUAAAUUAAUAAACUUCACCUUAUUUUCAUACUCGGUACUAAAAUUGUUGACAAUAUAAUGUUCUUUUUGCCGACGUAUCGUAUGAUACGUAGAACCGUUGACUUUACCAACGCAGGAUAUAGUGACAGGUAUGUCGUAUU